AUUGGGGGUCCCUGGGGGUGGGCGGGGAACGAAUUUCUUGGACGGAGGCCGCGGGACAAGUCAAGACCACCGGGGCCCGAAGGGAAAGCCCUGGCAGAGGAAGCCCGGCCGGAGGGAAAAGCGGACCGGCCCGCACAGCGCCAGCUUCGCCCCGUUCCAACUGCCCCAUCCUGUCCCGGAGACCCACCUGGUCGCCGAGCGGCUGCUUGCCCCUGGCUCCCGCCGGCGCCGUUCCAGCCGGCUUUCCCGCGCGCCGGUCCCCUAGACGGGGCGGUCUGGGCUCCCGGCAGAGCGCAGCGGGUCCUGCUCUGAUGGGCGCGCCGCGCUGGCCCCGCCCUGCUCUCGGGGGCCCAGCCUUCCCCUGCCUGCCCCCUUUGCCGGGAGGGGGUCGCAGCGCGGUCUCCUCCCCGGGGCUGCUCCUCCGGGACCCCGCCGGUGGCUCCUCCUCCCGCCGCUCGCUCCCAGCCCAGCUGCCCGCCCGCCCGCUCGCCUGCUAGCUCGGCGCUUGCUGGCUGGCUGGCUCGGAGGCGGAGGAAGCCGCAGCGGCUCCUUGAACACGCCCGAGUUCAGCCCGGGGUCAGGCGGAGUUCGCGGCCCGGCCUUUACCUUUUCCGCCGCCGCGGCGCUCCCGGCACAUGGGGACCAGCCGGCGCAGCCUCCACCAACCGGCCUGAGGCGCUGCGAGGGGCGCAGAGGAGACACCGCCGCCGCCGCCGUGGCAGCCGGGCAGAGCCAUGCGUGUCCACGCAGACCUCGCCUGCCUGGCCGAUCCGACGGGGCUUCCAGGCGCAGCGAUGUUGGAUGCCUCGGAGGCGACGGGCCACUCCCGGCAGCUGCUGCUCCAACUCAACGCGCAGCGCACCAAGGGCUUCCUUUGCGACGUGAUCCUGGUGGUGCAGAACGCGCUCUUCCGCGCGCACAAGAACGUCCUGGCGGCCAGCAGCGCCUACCUCAAGGCCCUGGUAGUUCACGACAACCUCAUCAACCUGGACCAGGAGAUGGUCAGCCCGGCCGUCUUCCGCGCCGUCCUCGACUUCAUCUACACCGGCCGCCUGGGCCCCGGCGCCGAGGGCGAGGCUGAGCCGGCCGGCGGCGCAAACGCCGAGCCCGCCUUGGGAGCCAUCCUGGCCGCCGCCAGCUACCUCCAGAUUCCGGACCUGGUGGCCUUGUGCAAGAAGAAGCUGAAGCGCUCCGGCAAAUACUACCAGCUGCGCGGCGGCGGCGGCGGGAGCUAUUCGGCCUCCUCGCCCUUCGGAAAGCUGGCCAGGGGCCUCCGCGCUGCCACGCCGGUUAUCCAGAGUUGCUUCGGGGCUCCGCCGCGGCCGGUGGAGCCGAGCAAUCCGCUCAGCACCCACUGCGGGGAGCUGUACGCUGCCGCCGCCGCCGCCCACCCACACGGACUGUGCCCCCCGCUCUGCGGUCUUGACCUCUCCAAGAAGAGCCCGAACGGACCCUCCCCGCAGUUGCCCCCGCAGCCCCCGUCCGAGAGCCGCCUCCGAGCAGCGGUGGAGAGCCGGGAGGGCGUCCUGCAGUCCCGGUCCGAGAGCCCGGCCUUGCUGCCUCCCCACGCGACCUUCGGGGAGCCCGGCUCCACGGCCCCGCUCCAGGCCGCCUUCCCCCACCUGCACCAUCGCGGCAGCGGCGGCGGCAGCCCCGGGACUGAGCCAAACGCUCGCGUGGAGGUGGCGCCCGAAUUCCUGUACCGCUGGAUGAAGCACGAACCGCUGGUGGCUGGCUACGUCCUGGAUGAGGAGGAAGACGAGGACGAGGAGGACGAGGGCGACUGUGGCGGCGCCCAGCGGGAGCAGGGCACCGGCGGCGAGCGAGAACUGGAGCCGCAGGCCCCGUCGCCUCCCGGGCCGCCCCCGCGCCACUACCUGGAGACCGCGGAGCCCGACGGGGAGGCGGAGGACCUGGAACCCGACAAGAGCACCAGCGAGGAAACGGGCUGCAGCAGCGGCGGCCCUUCUCCCGCGGGGGGCAGCCUGGAGCGCUACCUGGGCUACGAGCCCGAGAGCUUCGGGGGCGACAACCUCUACGUGUGCAUCCCCUGCGGGAAGGGCUUCCCCUCCUCUGAGCAGUUGAAUGCGCACGUGGAGGCGCACAACGAGGAGGACGAGCUGUACCGCAAGGAGGCGGCCGAGGCGGCGGCGGGGCAGGGCUCGCCGUACCUGGACAAGGCUCCCCAGCCGCCCGCGCCCCCUCCGCCCCCGCCGCCCUCGGGGGGCCCGCCCGGCUGCGACCUGCUGCGCCCCUACCGCUGCGCCUCCUGCGACAAGGCCUACAAGGACCCGGCAACGCUGCGCCAGCACGAGAAGACGCAUUGGCUGACGCGGCCCUACCCCUGCUCCAUCUGCGGGAAGAAGUUCACGCAGCGCGGCACCAUGACCCGCCACAUGCGCAGCCACCUGGGCCUCAAGCCCUUCGCCUGCGACGCCUGCGGGAUGCGCUUCACCCGCCAGUACCGGCUGACCGAGCACAUGCGCAUCCACUCGGGCGAGAAGCCCUACGAGUGCCAGGUGUGCGGGGGGAAGUUCGCCCAGCAGCGCAACCUGCUCAGCCACAUGAAGAUGCACGCAGCCGCCGCCGCCGGCCCUGACGGGAAGCUGAAGCUGGAUUUCCCCGAGGGAGUGCUGGCCAUGGCGCGGUUGGCUCAGCAGCCCCCGCCGGACAAGGAGCUCUUUCAGCACACCUCGCACUUCUUGGCCGCCGCCGCCGCUGCCGCCGCCGCCGCCGCAGACCCCAAGGCCGCCCUGGAAAGCCUCUACCUUGGGUUCAGCCCCGACAAGACGGCUGAGGUCUUUGCUCCGGGCGCCGUGGUGGGCGCCGCCCACCACCUGCACAACGACCACCACGCUCGGACCAUUGGCCGCUUCUCGCCCCCCUGACGCCCCUCUCACCGGGCCUGGGAGGCGCCCUUCCCGGGGCAGCGACUCGCUCUCCUUCCCGGAACUGGCCGCCUCGGGGGUGCCACCGGCACCAGGAUCGCCCACCGGCUGCGCGGCCGGCUCUUCCGCUGCGCUUUCGCGCUGCCCUUCACUCCUUUCCCGUCUCCCUCGGGCCCUCAACCUGGCUAUAUAGCAACUCGUCCCUACCUCAAAUGGUGCUCACCGCCCCCGAGCGCGGAGGUCGCCGGCUGCAGAGGAGGGGGCGCCGGGCAGAGUCUCACCUGCGCCAAAGGGGCGCUUCCGCGAGGCCUGCCGGGGCUCCGUGCGAACAGAGUUCCCUGCCCCGGGCGGGAGGCAAUGCGCUUUUCCAAAAGGGAGAAGGGCUCUUUCCAUCGGGCUGGUUCACGCCUCGCCCCCACUGGAGAAGAGCCUCCGUUUGUUGGGACGGGGAAGUAGGACGGGUGAGCCGGACUGAGUGUGCUGCCUCUCGACCCAGCCUGGAGAGGACCUAGCAGCAUAGGUAGCUGGCGAGGGCCAAGCCCCCCUCCAAUUUCGGCUGUCAGGUUGCCUAGCUGGGGUUCGAAGGGGGGGGUUCUCUGUAUCAGAGCCCCCUCUUUUGCCUCGUGGAGGGACGGAAAGGUGUGUCAAGCCGGCCUCUUGGUGAGACCCUCACAAAACGGCUCCUGAACAGGUGCGUGCCUCCCCUCCGAAGGCAGAAAAUGCUCGCAACGACACCCCUCCGGAACUCCGGAGCAAAGCUUCGCGAGAGUGGGGGAGGGGGCUUUCUUGUGCCAGCCAGAGCCUUUCCUGCCUUCCUGGGCUGGGGAGGGGCUCCCGCAUCCCCGGCAAGGCCCUCCAGCCCCAGAAAGCCUGAGAGGCACGGGAGCCCCAAAACGGCACCCGUCGAUUGCCUCCUCAAUGGCAGAAGAAUCCUGCCUGGCCUCAAGACCCCGGAAGGUGUGGGGGAGGGAGACGGUGCGGACCCCAGUCGGCCUGCUUGGACGGUCCUCGCUGCUGCGCUGGAGCCGCUGCCUUACAGGGAGGGAGGGAAGGUCUGGGCAGCUGGUUGAAAACUGCUGGUCCGGCCUUGGGAUGGGGGGAGGGGGUUUCCUCCAACUUGUAUUGCAAUGUGAAAAAAAGAGAGUGCCCCCACCCGCACCCCCUCCAUUGUGGGUCAAAGGGAACAAAGUGGAAGAGAGACUCUCCACCCUGGCCAGAAGGUGGCAGCACCUUCUCUGGGCUACAAAUGUACCCCCCUUCCCGUGAAGACCCCGACUUGCUUUCAGGAUGGGGCACCCAAGACCCCAAUAAUAUUUGACAAAGACAAAAUGCCAUCUAUUUGUCCGCUUCAUUGAGGAUAGGGGAGCUUUAUCUGGGGCUGAGCUUCCUGCCCCACUCCCUAGGCCCCAGAGGGUCUGUGCCUUGCCUCUGUGGGGCUAGCUACCUGCCCCCAGCCUCUGCUGCACUUGUGGGGGCGGGGUGUGUGUGUCUAGGCCAGCCCACCCAGCUACCCCUCUCCCCCCCACCCUUGACCCCAACGAACCACGGAAAAAUGUGAAACUGCUCUGUCUUUGCACACACCUCCUUGCCCCCCCCCCACCUUGGGCUGUGUCUUCAUCUGAGCCAGCUGCCUCUCCUCCCAGCCCUGAGAGGAGCCAGUGGGAGUCCCUCCCCAGGAGGGGGGACCCCAGCCAAAGGAAACUAAGCACCCAAAGGGGAAGUCUUCCGUGCCUUCUGCAGCCUUCGGGAAGGGAUGCAGGGUUUUUUUUGUAUCAGAGACCAAAAACCAAGUAACAUUUAAGCAUCCCGGAACAAAACAAAGCAAUAAAGU